CCAUUAUAUUCAUCAUUUACAACCAGCUAACUCUUACUAGAAUUUUGAAGAUGAUUCUUCCUAUAUUUCUCACCUUUUCUUUCCUAUUUUCCCUCUCUUAUGCUAAUACUAUUGCUUUUGAUUUUUGUGUAGGAGACUUAAACCUACCAAGUGGACCAUCCGGAUUCUCUUGUAAAGAUCCCACAAAAGUCACAGCAGAUGAUUUUGUUUAUUCAGGAAUGAGGGUUGCAAGUAAUACUUCAAAUCUUUUCAAAUUUGGUAUAAGAAGGGCAUUAUCUCCUCAGUUCCCAGGUUUAAAUGGUUUAGGUAUUUCUAUAGCUCGUGCAGAUUUCGAUGUGGGUGGAUUUUUCCCCAUGCAUACACAUCGAACAUCUGAAAUACUCAUGGUAACUGAAGGAACGCUAAUGGCUGGCUUUAUUGACACAAACAAUAAAGCUUACUACAAAACAUUAAUGAAGGAGGAUAUCAUGAUCAUCCCGCCAACACUAGUCCAUUUCAUGAUAAAUGUUGGAUCAACCCCAGUUCUUGCAUAUACAAUCUUUACAAGUGCUAAUCCUGGUGUCCAACUACUUGACACUGCUCUCUUCCAAAAUGACCUACCCGCAGAGGUGAUUGAGAAGGUCACUUUGCUUGACCAUGCACAAGUAACAAAGCUCAAGAAAAUAUUCAAUGAUACUAACAUUUCCAGUUUAUUUGGAUAGCAAUAUAGGAGGGACUAUAGAAAGGAUGGGAUAGCAAAGGACAUGGGAAAGAAGGGGGGAGGGAGGAUGGAAAUCUAUA